AUGAAUGGCGGCGCAAGCGAGUCCGCCUCCUCCGUGUCCGACAUAAAACCCGCUCUCCUCUGCCUCCCGCGCGCACUGCAGAGUCCAGCCGCUGCCCCCGCAGCCUCCAUGGAUGUGAACGCCACGCUGCCGGCGCCACGCGACCCGUUCGCUGUGGCGCGGGGAAUCCUCGGGAACCUGUCCUUCAGCAACCUCACGCCCGCGGCCGGCGCGGGUGAGGAGGACCUGGAGGUCAACACGGAUGUUUACUCCAAAGUGAUGGUGACUGUCAUCUACGUGGCUCUGUUCGCGCUCGGCUCGCUCGGGAACUCGGUCACUCUCUACACGCUGCUGACCAAGAAGACGCUGCAGAACCUGCAGAGCACCGUCCACUACCACCUGGCCAGCCUCGCCGUGUCCGACCUGCUGAUCCUCGUCCUGUCCAUGCCCAUCGAGCUCUACAACUUCAUCUGGUUCCACCACCCGUGGGUGUUCGGGGACGCGGUGUGCCGGGGUUACUACUUCCUCCGGGACAGCUGCUCCUACGCCACCGCGCUCAACAUCGCCAGCCUGAGCGUGGAGCGCUACAUGGCCAUUUGCCACCCGUUUAAAGCCAAAAGCAUCAUGUCCCGCAGCCGCACCAAGAAGCUCAUCAGCGCCAUGUGGCUGGCGUCCUUCGCCCUGGCCACGCCGAUGCUCUUCACCAUGGGUCAGGUGACGCGCAGAGGGGAGAGCAUCUGCACCGCCACCGUGUCUCAGGUCACCGUGAAGACGGUGCUGCAGGUCAACGCGCUCCUCUCCUUCCUGGUACCGAUGGUGGCCAUAUCCAUCCUGAACGGCGUCAUCGCCAACCAGCUCCUGCGGAUGUUCCGCGAGGCCGAGCAGGAAAAGCGCGUCUGCGUGGUGGCGGGGAACCGCACGGAGCUGAACGCCACCGUGGAGCCCAACCGCGCGCAGUCGCUGCGCCACGGCGUCCUCCUGCUGCGUGUGGUGGUCCUGGCCUUCGUGCUCUGCUGGCUGCCCUACCACGCUCGCCGCCUCAUGUUCUGCUACGUGUCCGACUGGUCCGACCAGCUGUAUGACUUCUACCACUACUUCUACAUGCUGACCAACGUGCUCUUCUACAUCAGCUCGGCCAUCAACCCCAUCCUCUACAACCUGGUGUCGGCCACCUACCGGCAGGUCUUCUUCUCCACCCUGCGCUACGCCUUCCUGCCCUGCCACCGUGCGCCGCGGCGGCUCUCCCGCCCGCUGACCCGCCACUCCAUCAGCACAUCCAGCAACCACACCGUCUCCACCAACAUGGUCAGGGAGACGGCCUAUUGA